CUAACAUGAAAAACAGGCAGAUGACUAAAGAGCUCGAAAAGUGUAGCAAGAUCGAUCGAAAGAAAUCCAUAUGUGGAAGGACUUAUGAAACUACUGGUCAUGAGCAAAAUUAAUUGUUCAGGCGUUUAUCGAAAGUUGAGUGAAUUUGAUUCAUUGAGGUUGGCAGAUUUGUGUGUCUUUUCGGUAUUAAAAUGCCACGGUAACGACUGAAUUCAUACAACUGGUUGGCAUGACGGUAAUGAAUUUUUGCAAAAUUAAUGCUAUACAACAUUGGAAUUCGACUUCGAAAGAUAUGAGAAAUGUUUUUCUGAAGCGAGGAGAAAAAGAUUCAUCAAAUACUCUUCAAAGUAUCACCAAAUCACUCCCCUCAUUACCAGCUUUUAUGGUUUCAAUUCAGUUCAUGAGAACUAAGUCACAACAUAGAUUCAGAAGAUCACUAAACAAUAAUUUUAAACUAUCUAGCAAAAGCUUCGCAGUCAACUACAAGACAACAUAUAAUUUUCAUCUCUCUCAAGGGGAAUGUGUUAUGGCGUGGAAUAAAACUGCCAUAAUCUUCAUAAAAAGCCCUCAUUCUCUGGCGCUUUUUACAACCAAUCACGUUGCACCGAAGUUUCAAGAGAAAGCACAUGCACCAACGUGUAAAUAUCAGAUUAGUUGAAAAGAUAAAAAUCAACAGGAUGGUCAAAUCCAG